AUGCAGAAUGAGAUUACGAUUGAAAUUCGUAGAAUUUCUCCUAAAUGGUUAGCUAAAAUACUCAUUGGAUUUUAUAUGAUAAUGCCAUCUAUAUUUGAACGUGUAUCACCUAUAUUAUUAAGUACAUUUGUAUAUGGAAAUUUUGAUAAUAUAGUGUCAUUAUUAGUUGAUCAUAUACUAACAUCAGAUCCUACAAAAUCGUGGGUACGUCUUGCUGAAGAUUGUCAGGUAGCAGGGUUUCCUCUUGAAUAUCUCCAUCACCUAAAAUCUGAAUGUGAUGCUGGUGAUAUUGAGUUACUUAGAAUAGUUGCUAAAUUGUAG